AUGAUACCCGACAAUGAGAAUACCCCUUCCCUAUGGGGCUCACCCCAAGAAACCGGAGCCGCGUUCGACUUCAGGAGCGAUGUCAUCACGACCCCAUCCCGCAACAUGCUCCUCGCAAUAGCCCAAGCAACCCUCAACGACGACGUCUACGCCGAAGACGCAACAACCUCAUCCUUUGAGCUCGAGACGGCAAAAACAUGUGGCCACGAGUGCGCCGCCUUCGUCCUCUCGGGCACAAUGGCAAACCAACUCGCCCUCCGCGCCCUCCUCCACCAGCCCCCGCACGCCGUCCUCGCCGACGCCUCCGCCCACGUCCUCCACUGGGAGGCCGGCGGCCUAGCGCACCUUUCCGGCGCCAUGGUCCAGGGGAUCCGUCCGCGCAACGGGCUGUACCUGACUGUAGAGGACGUGGAGAAGCACGCAGUAUUGACCGAUGACGUGCAUAAGUGUCCCACCCGAGUCGUCAGCAUCGAGAAUACCUGCUCCGGGGUCGUGGUGCCCCUGGAGGAGUUGCGGAGGAUCAGGGAGUGGACUUGCGCGCGAGGGAUCGCAGUGCAUAUGGACGGCGCGCGGCUUUGGGAGGCUGUCUCGGCGGGCGGUGACGCGGGAGGCACCCUGGGCGAUUAUGGCCGGUGCUGUGACGUGCUCACGCUAGACUUCAGCAAGAACCUCGGCGCGCCAAUGGGUGCCAUGGUCCUGGGAUCCUCGGAGCUGAUCAAGCGGCUCCGGCGGAUCCGGAAGAGCAUCGGCGGUGGAAUGAGGCAGGCUGGCGUUCUCGCCGCGGCGGCGCGGCAGGCUGUGAUUGAGAACUUUGGCGCCGGGGACCGAGACUCUCGGGGUGUGCUGGAGAGUAGUCGGCGGAUGGCGGCCGAGGUUGGGGGGAUGUGGACGGCGAGAGGGGGCGCGCUGCUAAAGCCAGUCGAGACGAACAUGGUCUGGUUGGAUCUCCGGGGUUGCGGUGUCGGGGCCGGCGAGUGGAAUGAGGCUGGGAGGCGGCACGGGAUCAAGCUGGAUGGGAAGAGGGUUGUGUUGCAUCACCAGCUUGGGGAGACUGCUAUGAAGCGGUUGAGUUCUGUAAUGGAUGAGGUGCUGGGUCGGGUUCGCGAGGCGCCUGCGCUGGGCGUUCUGCCAAAGGCUCGCUUAUAA